AUGCAGAGCGAUAACCAGAUUUCCAAUACCGUUACAGUAGGAUGCGGAUGUGGCUUUACCACAAUAAAUCUGCCCUUUUUUCCCGGCGGAUAAAAUUAAUUGAAAUCUGUUAUGAACUCCUUACACCUUUUACAGUACUAUCACUAAUCCAAUCUGAUUCCAAAACGAGAUGUCGGUUACUUUUGAUUAGUUUGCAGUAGAGGGUAAAAUGUGGGCUGAUUAAUAACAAGUUGGUGUAACGCCGAACCCCUCUUUGUUUCCAUACUGUGGUCUUUUACAGGCUACGCCUCGCAACAAGUAUUAUUGUUUAUUAAUCAGCUAUCGGUAUUGCAAUAGACAGAAAGGGACCGAGGGUCGCAAGACAACAUAAAUAAAAUCCUCAUCACGAAAUGGAAGAAUAUCCCCCCAGCCCGACAACCUUCAACCUCACUCGCCAUUUCCCCACCUCUUAAAUAUUACUAAAAAACUCACAAAGAUGUACUCAGUUCUCAUUCUCGGGCGCAACCGGCACGAUUGGCAGCAAAAUUUCUCAUCAACUUUCCCUCCAAAAAUCCAAGUUUAAACGAGCGGCAUUCCUCACUCCCCUCUCUGACGCAGGACCAAAAAAAGAAGAUCGGUAUGCAAAAGUAGGAUUGGAACGCGUGGUUGGAAGUCUAUCGGAUUCUGCCUCUUAUACGGGAUUCGAUAUCGUGAUUUCGGCAGUGGGAGAUGAUUUGUGUGCUCAGCAACAUGAAUUCAUCGAUGCGGCUUUUAAGGGUGGAGUGAAGCAUUUCGUACCAGGGGAAUGUAGGUACUCGCUGCAUGGUUGCCCUGAGCAAGAAAGAAGACUGAUUACCUGCCACAGAUGGUUCGGAUAUGGAACACCCUAAGUGUCGUGAUGAGGCUUAUUUCAAAGAUAAAGUUGCUACGAGGCGACAUCUUGAGAAGAGUAUCCAAGAAGAUCCUGAGUUGGGAUAUACAUAUGUCAUGGUUCGUAAAUUAAUCCGAGUAAUCGUGUUUUUUGAACUAACGGAUCGAAGGUUGGAUUGUUUAGCGAGUAUUUUUUCGAAUACAAUAUUUUGGGUCUAUCAGAAGACAAGAAAUCCGCGACAUUUAUUGGCGAUCCCGAAGCGAGAUUGACUACUACACUGAGUACGGAGUAUGUCUUCUUGGUUUCCCAAUUGCUCUCUCAGCACUAAAAUCACACCUCAUAGUGUAGCAAAAUUCAUCAUCGCUUCUCUUAUCCCCUCCCAUCUCCCUACCCUCGCCGGCGCUCGCGAACUCAAGGUUGAAGGGUCGACCCUCGCUAUCCGUGAGCUUUUCCACGAAGUUGAGAAGUAUACAGGGCCACUUGAUAUAAAAUACAUCAACAUCGAGGAAUCCUUUGCUAUUGUUUCAUUUAGGUAAUAAUUACCUUACUUACUAAUAGACUUUAGGUUUAAACCUUAGUCUGUUCUCGCUUAUUCUAGAACGUUCGAUCACGUGAACCGAAACAUUCUAGUAUCCCUUUCUAUUUAUAAGCACUUCUAUUCUAUUUAUAAUCUAUAGAACCUCCUAGNAAUAGACUUUAGGUUUAAACCUUAGUCUGUUCUCGCUUAUUCUAGAACGUUCGAUCACGUGAACCGAAACAUUCUAGUAUCCCUUUCUAUUUAUAAGCACUUCUAUUCUAUUUAUAAUCUAUAGAACCUCCUAGAAUCUAUCUAAGGAGUAUAUAUAGACCUUUACUGUCCUUAUAGUUAGAAAAAUCAAGUCAUUUUCACAAGUCAAAUUCUUACUCUUUUGAUUCCCGAUGUACCUAACAGUCAUCUGACCAUCCUACUUCCACUGUCUUAUAUACACUCUGUAUAUAACCGAUACCUCUUACAGCUAUUGCCGAAGAGCUGGAGAAGUUGGGCAAUGUGUUCCCGGCGAAGUUUGUAAGUGCGCAGAGGGCUUUGGGAUUUGGCGGAAGUGAGAAUGUGGGGGUUGUUAACCAUGAUUAUCCUGAGAUUACGGCUAUGAAGUGGGCUGAGACUGUAAAGAGAUAUUUGGGGGAUUAGAGGAAGACGGCUAGAAGUAGACUAGACUUCGGUGAGUAUUUGUUCUUACGGUCGAAGAGGUUUUUCUUUCGCCUUUGUGGUAUAAUCGUCAUCAUAGUUCCGGAAUAUUAGACCAGGGGAGCUUAUUAUUCUAACUCUUAGCUGAUAGAAUUUAAUAACAUAUCUGUAGAACUCUGUGAGAUUACUUAAGACGUGUUAGAAAAUAUAAACUAUAGAGGAACCAGAACGGCUAUUUACUACCAUUUUCAAUGUCUACUACAAGAGAGGUCCCAAGGUUUGUGUUUAAUGCACCUUUUUAUUUACUGUGAUGCUGCAGCUGGUGUGGCCAAGCUUAAAAACUUUACUGUCGUGGAACAACAGCUGCACAACCUUUAUAUAAACCAUCUCUGGAGAAAGUAGUUCCAGAUUCAACACUGCGGGACCAGGGCUUCUCUUCUCAAGUGUAGAAGUGUUCAAACGUGUAUUCAUUCUUUCAUAUGGUCGAUCACUCUGUUCUGGAGGUCAUGCUUCAGUUUUCAUCUACGUAUGAUAUGGUCUGGUUAGCGUGUUCAUGAGUGGAGCAAGAACAGACGCCUCAGAUGCAAUUCCUGAAAUUGAAAGGAACGGGAUUGUGGAUUCCGGGUCAAUUCAGAGUGGUAAACGACAAAGGACUGUAGAUAGCUUCCGGCCUGACAAUACUCCUCUGAGGAACCUGACGUACCAAGAAGAGCAUAUUGGAUUAGCCAAUAAAAAUAGCCCUCCGAUUUUCUCGAAGAAGCAACGACUAGUGGGAACUGAGAAGAAGUCCAAGAGAGCAUCAACAACCAGGAACUUCUGCCAUUGAUCUGGGGUUUUCUUGUUUCUUUUCUUUCCGAAAAGUACUACUGUCUGUGAGAUAGUGACAAUAAUAGGAGCCCAAUAUCUUAAACUGUCUAUAUGACCAUUUCAAAUAUAGAGGUCUUGCUAGUAUACUCGAAUAGGGGACUCUGAAGGUGGAUGGAUGAAUCUAAUAGAAAGUUCUCACCUAAAAGGUCGAAUUUCCUCAUGGUGACCGGGCGCUCUAUUCAUUCGAGUUCGUAGUCAGAGAUGUGAUUCUUUCUUCACGAACGAUGAUAAGUAAUCAGUAAGCUUCUUACAGUCGAAAAGUGUUUAAUUAACCCUAUGGCUAUUUGAACAAUCCUUUAAUAUCACUUGUUUCAGACACACCGGUCUCUUGCCACUGGUUGAAGUCGUACCCAGAACUUCGGCUUGUCCCACAUAGCGUUUAUCUUAAAAUCCCUCUCAAACACAAUUUCCUGAUUGGGCAGCUUCGCAAUGUCAAAACCCCAAAGCAAUUUGCCAAUAAAUAAUCUGGUUUCAUUCCACGCUGGAGAGGUCCCAGGACAUGCUCUUGGGCCCUGACUAAAGGGAAAGAAACUCUCUCUCGCAUCGUUUUUGAACUUUGAAUCCCAGUGCGGAUGUCCGACUGGGAGCCACCGCUUUGGCUUGUAGCUUCGAGGUUCUUGGAAGUAGCGUGGGCUACGUGUGAAUGCGAAAUGGCUGUAUUGUACAUAAACCUAUUUGGAAAAUGUUAGUUAUAAAGACAUUUUGUAAAAUCUUGUUGGGAUCUGACCCCUUUUUCUACAUAAAUUCUGUUCACAUGUGCACCCGGGCUGAUACGGGGCAGACCGGUUCCUCCGAUAACGGUCAUACGCAAAAGUCUCCAUCAAGGAAGCGUUGAGGUACUCGAGUGGGGCUAAAGCCUCUGGUGUGAUACCCUCAUAUCUAGUAAAUUCCAUUCUGAUCUCAUCAACGAGCCGUUUGUAUGUCUCCGGUGCCAACAAAGAGAACAUAAUGGUGCAUAAGACCUGACUCGAAAUCGGUUCAUAGCCCGCUACUAUCAUUUGCACAGCAAGGACUUCCAAAUGCUCUUGCUCCCUUUUGCUUGGGGUUGAAUCAGGAUCCAUAUCACCCAGAGUUUGAUCAAAGUGAUCUAAGUGUACAGUCUUGCCCUGGCGUUUGAUUCGGUUUUUGACUUCCAUGGUCGUGAUUUUUCUGCCUUUUAACUCGCUCAUUACAGCGGAGGGCGGAGCAAAGAGAAACUGAAUCGGACUCAAGAGAGGAAACUUUCGGCAGACUUGGUGAAUCUUCAAAAAGAAAUUCAUUCCCCAUAGGACUUCUAGAAAUGGGGAGCUUUUUCCUGUGGAGCAUGAGCAAUGCAAAUACUUUGGAAGAACGGCAUAUGAAUUCUCACUUUGAUUUAAUUGAUGCAUGUGUCGACUAAAGGCUAGCUCUGCUGAUAUAUGAAGAGCGAGCCAAUUUGUCCACUGGAAGGUGAAAUAUGAGUACAAGUCAAAAGAAUUACGAAUUUCAAAACUCACUUCACGUAGUUCAACCCCUCCGUCUGAACUCCCAACCUCCUUGACAAUUUGCACAAAAUGAUCGAUAUGCUUGUGCAUCGUUGGAUCUUUAGCCCUGACAGACUUCAUGUUAAAUGCGGGUGAUAUUUUCUUGACCAUAUUACGAUGCUUGACGGGAUCAGUCUCCCAAGCAAUGCCCUGAUCCCCUUGCCCAAUUUUGAUGAAGUUAGUUUUCGUGAAAUGCUCCAGGUGCUUAGUAUGUGAUCCAUAGAUGUCUGCAUCUUUUGUUAGAUAGUGAAGGAUCAAAUUUCUUCUUCGGAGGGUUUUGGUACCCGAAGCAGCGCGGGGAUCAAUGAAUACAAUCUCGUUUGGAGCGAUACGAACGACAUCACCUAUUCAUUUUCAGUGAAACAGAUUGAUUACAUAUUACUGCUUGAAAGCGAUCUUACCAUACUGCUCAAGUGCCUUUUCGACGGCCAUGGGAUAUUUUCCGGUAAUCCUAAAUUCGUGAGGAAACGAGUAUGUGGCAAUCAAAAGAAGGAGCCUACCAAUGAUACGCGUACCAUACAUUCGAAACAGCUGCAAGUUUUGGACCAGGAAGUUGGGAGACGGGAUGGAAGUAAAGAUGAUAAACACAACGGCUGGAGACAUAGAUAAUAGUCUAUCACAUUCUUAGUUGAGCCAAACAUGGAUGGGAUACAGUUGAAAUGCUCGGAAAAGGCUGGACUGACACUCGCUAGAGCCAAGCCGAUCCAGUGGGUCGUCAGAAUGCCCAUCAGCAAGGAGAGGAGAUUAUCCGCCAUUUCUUUUGUGCUAGCAUCGACUAGGAACAAACCAAGAAAUAAUUAGUGAUAAGAAGGCGAAAUCUCAAUGUUCGAUUUGAGACUUUCAUUGUGGAGAUAAUGGGAGAAAAGCAGAAUGAUGUAGGAUUGAGAUUUACCAACUGAAACCAACAAAGUACCAACAAUUACACAACCCAAGACCGUGUGAUGUCAGUGAAGGCCCCGUGAUCAACAACCCACAAAAGAAACGCGAAAGUCAGAUCUCUAGAAAUGCCCCAUUGAAUACUUUCAAGAAAAUCUAACUUAUUAUCUCGGCAUGAAAAUGCUUGUGGUUAUUAGCGUAUUGGGAGAGCAAGAGAAACUAUGUAAACAGUAUUUCUAUCUUACCGAAAUGAAUAGGAAGUAUCUUUGCAAUAUUAAAGUACCAUAUACGUUCGUAAGUCAUCC